AUGUCACAGCACAGUGUUAGCGGAGGCGACAAGGGAGACAGAAACGGCCCCAGCAGCGGCUCAGGUGGCAACAGCCCCAGCCUCGAGGAUGAACAGCUCAAGGUGGAUCACUCUCGGUUCCUCGCCGAGGCCAAACCAAACUCCAACUGGCAUCGCGGCGCCAACAGCGUCGGCGCUCUUGGGCUCGGUGUUAACCACCCGAAAUCAUCAUCCACAGACGAUUUCGAUACCAUUGCGGAUGGCAAAGGCAAACUAUCGCCAACGACAUCUCAUCUCUUCAAGCUCAUCCUUCCCCUUGACAGGUUCUACGAAACGAAGCCAAACCCUCAGCCAGAACCACCAGAAUCCACCGAACAAGACAACAUCCCCCCACCCAUAGUCAUGCUCCUACACCCCUCCCAGCCCCUCUCGCACGCUAGCAGACUCAUUGCCGCUUCGCUCCCCAACGACGACCCGAUGGUCUCCUUCCGCUCCACCUCGAGCUCCGGACAGACGUAUCAAUGGGCCGACUCGAUCGACUUGGGCGACUUCAUCAAGGACGCCGCCAAGGACGCAGAUUUCACGAUCUGCCUCGUCCCCGACGCGGGCAGGCGCAGAGGUCAGGAAAUCAUGAUCGAGGUGCACGUUCCGACAUUCGCGGCCCGCACGCGGUACCUGCGCCGGAGGCUGGAUUUCGUCACGGGGGAGUUGAAGAAGAUGGAGGAGCUCAAGAGGGAUUGUGAUCGUGAGGCCAGGAGGGGUGCGAAGCGGAUGGCGCUGGGAGGGUUUGGGAUGCUGAUCGCGUAUUACGGAGCUGUUGCGCGUCUCACAUUCUGGGAUUAUGGUUGGGAUGUAAUGGAACCUAUAACAUAUUUAUCUGGUCUCUCGACAGUCAUAUGCGGCUACUUAUGGUUCCUUUACCAAGGCCGCGAAGUCUCCUAUUCCUCCGUUCUCGACUCCUCUGUAACCGCGCGCCAGAACAUGCUAUACAAGUCCAAAGCCUUCGACAUCGAGAAAUGGGACGAUCUCAAUGCGCAAGCCCGGAGCCUGCGCAAGGAAAUUAGCGCGAUUGCCGAAGACUACGACGAGCGCAAGAAGCACGAAGAGGCAGAGGUGGAAGAGGUAGAGACCGAUUCAGAGGGUGCGGCUAAGCCGAGCUCUGAGAAGACUCGUGGGUCAACGAGCAAGGAUGGGAAGGAAGGGACUACUUCGCCCCUUGUUGAGGCAUGAACGGUGUCCCAGGUGCACCUCUGACUGACUCUUGUGACGAUGAGUUGCAUAAUCGCACACUAAUUUACAUAUACUACCCGAACGUCCGUUUGGACGAGUAGAAGAUGCCCAGGCUAGGCUCGUUGAUGC